UCUAGUAUAUGUAUCGCUCACGCGCUCCCGGGGGUCGCCACUCGAGACGCAGAGUAGGGACCGCGUGGUGCACGACUUCGUUUUAGAACCGAGAGAAAACACACGCAGCCGUGCGCGACUCGGGAGCUACUCCAACAACUCCCAUCGGCACUUUUCUUUUAAAGCGGCUCCUCGGACAACACUGGCCAAAAACUUUAUUUCAACUAAAGAGCAUCAGCGGGGAAAUAAACCAAGAGCAGAGCUGUUCACCCGCAGCUUUCUCGAAUCGGCGUCUGAGGACUGAAGACAAGUCCUCCUCCGUCCUCUGAGGGUCUCGUGCAGCACCUGCAGCCAUGACACGGAGGUCCUGCGCGAUCUACGCGGUGGGGACCAUCUGCGCAGGUCUGCUGAUCACGGGCAUCGGUCUGUUUGUGUUCCAGACUUUCCGCACGGUGAUGCACAACCGACUCAAGAAGGAGCUUAUUUUGGUUGAGGGCAGCCGUGUGUUCGAUUCCUGGAAAACCCCUCCCCCUCCAGUCUACAUGGAGUUCUUCUUCUUCAACGUGACCAAUGUGGAUGAGUUCCUGAAGGGGGCCAAGCCAGAGGUCACCCAGGUCGGACCAUACACAUACAGGGAGUACAGGUACAAGGACAACGUGACUAUGGUGGAGAAUGGCACGAGGGUGUCUGCGUACAAUACCAAGAGCUUUGUGUUCCUGCGGGAGAGGUCGGCUGGGGAUCCAGCUGUGGAUCUCAUCACCACGGUCAACAUCCCGGCGUGGGCCGUGAUGAACAAAGCGUCUGUGAGUUUCUGGAAAUCGUCCAUGGCGAACGUCAUGAUGAACGCCGUUCGAUCUGGCUUCUUCACCAACCGCACCGUGGAUGAGCUGCUGUGGGGCUACGAAGACCCCCUGCUGGUCCGCGUCAGCGCCAGCGCACCUGAAGUGGGGAAGGUCUUUGGCCUCAUGUACAAGAAAAACGGGAGUAACGACGGGGAGUUUGUCUACCACACCGGGGAGCAGAACUACAUGGACUAUGGCCGGGUCCAAACGUGGAAAGGCCAAAGCCAGCUGACGUUCUGGAAGACUGACGACAGCAACAGCAUCAACGGAUCUGAUGGAAGUGCUUUCCAUCCCCUGCUGGAGAAGAAUGAACGUAUUUACAUCUUCACCCCGGACCUCUGCAGGUCGAUCUACAUGGAGAUGGAAAAAGAAGUGGAGGUGAAGGGAAUCCCGGCGUACCGCUUCACGCCACCGAGUUCUGUGUUGGCCAGCAAGGAGGAGAACCCGGCCAAUGAGGGUUUCUGCGUCACCCCUAAGGAGUGCCUGGGAACGGGCCUCCUUAAAGUCAGCCCCUGUCGGAACGGUGCCCCAGUAGUCGCCUCCUUCCCCCACUUCUACCUGGGAGAGGAACGAUAUGCGGCUGCCAUCAAGGGGAUGUCCCCACAGAGAGAGCAUCACCAAACGUUCCUGGACCUCAACCCGACCACCGGAGUGAUUGUACGUGCAAACAAGAGAGCACAGAUCAACAUCUUGAUCCAAAAAUUGUCCGGAUUCCCGAAAACAAGAGGCUUCAAUGACACAAUCUUCCCUGUCAUGUUCCUCAAUGAGAGUGUGGUCAUAGACGACGCGUCCGCGGCGAGAGUACACAAGCUUCUGAGUAUUGUCAAGGUAGUGUCCAACUUCCCACUCAUCAUCGUGGGCCUGGGUGUCAUCAUGUUCUUGGUCCUCGUCGUCCUCCUGGUCAUCGACCGCAGACAGAAGAAUGAAGUUAAGCGCAUUGUGUUUACCAAGGCUCAAUAUGCUACCUCUGCUGAAGAGGACACCUCCUACUCUCCGGUCAACGACAAGGAGAAGGACGAUUCCCAAAAUGGAACCUUUAUUGGUUUGACAGCGAAAGCCGACCCACAAGCCUGAGCAGAAGGAGGGAGGGGAAGAUUAGAGAGAAGCUUUGUACAUCGACAAUCUUCACUGUUACAAAUCAAGGUUUGGGGUUUCUGGAGAGAGAAAAACAAUCCACCAUGGAAAAAACGUCAAAAUCCUUUUUAUAAUUGGAAAUCUGUUUGUUUUACUUUCGGGGCCGGAUGGGGGUAGAGGGCAGAAGAUAGUUAUAGUCUCUAUAUAUAGACUUUAUAUAAAGAUAGACGACAUGACGGCUCCCCAGAAACCAAGCCAGAGCUUCUUGACCGGUGGCUGCAGUGUAGGUCAUAAAUCACCGCCUCCUCCGUAUUAGUGGAUGUGACAUUUCUGUCAUUUUAGGUCGUUCAUAUCACACUGGUGUUUGUUUUGCAAAUCUUUUCUGUUAAGUUUGGUUUAAAUUUGCUAUUUGACGCUAUAAAAUUGGUUGAAACAUUAUGAUUGACAGCUGAGACUGACUGAUCAGUCGAGCAUGUGCUACUGCAGCUCUCUACCCCCAAUCGCUACUGCGCUGUUCUUAUCCAGGAUAUUUUGGCUUCAUUUCUGGAUAGUGGGAGAAAGGGGCGACACGUUAUCCAUCUUUAUUUGCAGUCUAUUUUCUGAUACCUACAGUGGCGUAUGUACUUAGUUUUACUCAUAGAGAACUGCCUAAGGUCUAGGACUCAAUCCUGGGUGUGACAGGCUACAGUACUUCUCACUGUUGGGUUUUAAUCAGUUGCUGAUUGCGUCAAGUUCUUGACGACCGGCUGCAGUCCUGAUGGAGAACACACACGCUGUGUCCGUCCUAAACAAACGAGACCCGCCCUUUAUAACCCGAGGCGUGGGAUGAUUAUGUUUCAUACUGUAGCCUCACCUCGUUCUCUGUUUGCCAACAUUUGUUUCUUGUCUUGCUCUGAGCUUUUACUGACUGACUACACAACAGGGCAUAGAGGGGGAUUUGGGACCACAGUCAUGAGAUCCAGAUUGUUUCGUUUCUUGGGAUAUCAUACCUCACUCUCAGGGGGCCUCUGCUUUGAUACCGUCACAGCAAGAGAAAGGAGAAACACAGGCAGCACGUGUUCUCUGAAAUCAAUCCAGUAUUACUAUCAUUCACUUUCAUUGCAGCCUCAAAGUAACAUUUGAUUGGCUCAUUAUUAUUUUAUCUAUAUGUGCGUUCUACUUCGUUGUAGCCGUACUUGAAAAGCCCUUCGGAGCGCGGCGUGUGUGUGUGUAUAUACAGUCUAAGAUGUCCUGAACUGCUCACAUUCCUCUCACUGUAUGAUGGGAAUGAAUAUCAGAUAAAACGCUGUAUAUUUUGGAUACUUAAAUAUUUUGGAAAAUAAGACAUCCUUCUCUUUUUGUUUGUAAAUGUUAGUGUAGAAAUGUGUUGAAUGAAGGAUGUUUUGAGUCAGAGCUUCACAUUUGUCUCCUAGUGCCAUAUCACAAUCGGGAUGAUUCUGAAUUUAAGUGUUGAUGCUACAGUAUUGUACAAUAGCUGUAUCAAAGUGUAAUUCAACUUAUUAUCGUUUCAUGGAAAUGUGCUUUUAUGAUGCUGUUGUUGUGGCCUUACUAGUAUCUCUGGUGCUGAAUAAGACACUCAACCCUUUUUAAAAUUGUUACAGGGUUUAUGAAGGAUGCGGGCGCUUCCGUGUGUCCAGCCAUAGCAAGUCAAAAAACGUGUGAUUGAUCAAUAUUAAGAAAUGCUGUUACUGUGCCUUGGAAACAAUCAGUGUUACUGUGUCACGUUUGCCUUUAUGGUUUUCACAUAUUCUGAGAAAAAGAGUUCCUACAUUUGAACUGUGAUGGGGUCCGCGUUUAUUUCUGCUUCUUCUUAUAGUUGGAACAUUUUCUAAACAAGUUACUUCAGCUGCAAACAAUAGUGGAGAAGCUGUAAAAUGUUUCACUUAGAGACUUUUUGCUUCCUCGAGUGAUUAUACUGUUUGGUGUGUACUUAAAAGUAUGCACAUAUUAAAACUGAACGAGAAUAGAAUUAUUUUUUUCGAGUGCAUAAAGUAGUUUAAUAAAUUCACAUGAGUAAUUUUGAUGAUUAAAAAAAAAAACAAAAAAACAAACACACUAUAACUUGAUAUUAAUGUAGUGGUGAAAUAGGAUGAGUCAUUUUUGCUACACAGAUAAAAACCAAAACAAAGGAAGCAGAGUACAGCUUGUACACAGCAAUAUUUUGUGCCAUACUUCAGAUUGUACUUUCAGAAAUGAUCCAGAAAAUCAUGUGUUGUUCUGAUUGUCAGCCAUUUUUUCAAGCUUUGACUGUUAAUACCGUUUAAACUGUGUGCACGAGAAAUAAAAGUAGUUUCAAUAAA